CCGUUAUUAACGGUUACUGACGGUCGCUAGCUUGCUGCUGCCGCUGGUGUCGAGCCUUGCUAGGGGAGAGAAACCGUGGAAGAAGGCAGAAUACGGAGGAUUAAAACAAGUUUAAGCUUGACAAACAUCUGGCAACGUGGAAGAAAGAAAGCGAACAGGUAUCACCAGCAACUUGGCAACAUCUCUUCUCUCCCCUGGCUCUCAGUGUGUAAGGACACCGCCCAGUACAUCAUAUCUUAAAGUGCCUCUCUGCCUGAUUGGUUAUAACGUCCCCUGCAUCUCCUCCAUCGGUGCAAAAACUAUCUGUACACCAGCAACAACAAAGUCAGACACGCCACAGCUACCAAAGUUCACUUCAGUGCUUCAUUCAGUUUGGUGCCCCAAAGUAAACCCUCACCCAAGCGGAACUCUUCACCCUUCAUCAGCGUUUUCUCAUCACCUCAGCCCAUCUGUCCGUUAGCAGUAUCUACACCGUUAUGGCCUCCAUCACCCAGUCAUCCGAGCCCGACAUCCCAGACAACCACAAAGAGAGCUGGCUGGCGCUGUUGUCCGCCGCCGAGGCGUAUUGCCAAAAGUCCGGCUGCGACCUGGCCAUCCUCACAGCCUGCAAGAAGUUCAGGUCAUCGAGCGGGGAAGGAGAAGGGGUGAGGAAGUGGGAGAGCGGCAGUGCCUUUCCGAGGGAGUGCGACUUCUCCUACAGCGUCUGGGGUCAGGGCUUCCUGGCCGAGUCGGCUCGUCGCUACAUGGAAGACAUCGGUGUGCUGCACUCCACCACCAUGCUAACAGCCCAAAAGCAUUCACGCCAGGCCGGGAUGGAGGGAGGAACCAAGCUGGUGGUGGACUUGACCUCUGAACCCGGACACAGGGGGAACUUUACAGGAGACGGAGGAGUGGGUGGAGUCAGUCCCAGCAGCCGGCUGUACUCCCAAAGCUACCCGUCCAUCUACAGCUCAGGAGGCGGCAACGGGCAAGGCGGUGGCCAGAACGGUACCGGAGACAGGGAACGGGAGAAGAGCGCUCUGGAGGCCGAACGGGAGAGGCAGAGGUCCGGGAUUGUGGAUUUAGAAGAAGAGUGCGAGGACGAGGAAGAGGAGGAGGACAUGGAUGAGAGGAGACCCUACGGGAAUGAAAGUGCUGGUGUUUUCUCCAUGGACGAGGAUUCUCUGUCUCGGGACUGCGAGCCGUUCUUUGAGUCAGACGGGGAGGAGGAGAGCACCGACGGCUCGUUGAGCGAGGACGCCCCUCCGCCACCACGUGGCAUGGCGGUGGGUCAGGCUGCCUACUCAUCCCGUCAGGCCCAUUCCAUGGCUCUGGCUCGGUCUCUGCCGGUUUCUGUACCCGUGUGGGGCUGCAGAGGGAACAGAGCUGCUCCUGGAGACAGCAACAGCGGAGAACGGGUGGGCUGUGCUGACCUGGAGCACAUCGCUGCCAGCAUGAAGGCCCUGCUGGCCCCCGGAGCCACCGACGGGACGGAAAUGUUCGGAGCUCUGCCGCGACCUCGACUCAACACAGGAGACUUCUCCCUCAAACACUGAGAGAGAUGGAGGGAGGGAGGGAGGCGAGUAGAGAGAAAGAGAACGGGGUAGAGGAUCAGAGAGGAGACGGGAGGAAAACCCUGGACUGGCUGGCAAAUGUGACGUACAGUAUGUGAAACAGUGUAAAAGCUAGUACCUCCAUUUAUUUCCUACUAACCAAAAUUAACGGCACAUGCUUUGAGGAGUCAUGUUGUUACGGACACUAAUAACAUUCUCAACACUACACCCGAACCCCGGCCACACUGUCACGGAGCAUUUCACUACACUAGCUACUACACAUACCACAACACUACAUUAGGAAUCGGACCUCCAGAUGUGUAGUGACCCACUGCACUGAGCAACCAGGACACUAAAACAGGGUGAACCACAGUGGAGCUGAGGAUCUGGGAUGUUUGCCUUUUGGUCAGAUUACCUGUGAAGUGAUGAGAUCUCAGUGAGCAGACGUCUGGACCUGGUGCUCAAUCAGAUGCUGCUUUCAGUGAUAUUAGCUUUACUGUAAUAUGUAGUCGCUCGAAAGCUAAAAAUGCUAUUGAACGUAUUUCUGGUGGCUUUCUGUGCAAGAGGUGGAUGAAAAGAUGGAUGCCACUGUCAUGUCUGUUCAAAGUUAGGUUGGAAUCGGGGUAGUUACAUUUUCUGUGCAAGUACAAGAGGACACAUGAGGCCUGAAUUUCAGCAUCUGCCCAAUUUUGCAAGAUUUGGUAGCUUUGCAGCCCAAAAUUUGUAUCUGUGCAGCAGCGACAAUACAAAAGCAGACUAGAAAGUAUUAUAAAUCCAGGCUAAAAGAGUGUAAGAACCGUAACAAAUUUUCAAAUCAGGUUAGAGCGAAUCUCACUAAUCUCAUGCACACACUACAAGACUAGAACAUAAAACUGCAUCACACACUACAAAAUCUGUUAGGAUAAGCAUGUUAGAGGGAGCAGAGCACCACCUCACAUGGUCUCAUGGGGAAACAGAUGCAAACAAAAUGGAGACUGUGGAGCAGUGACUUGCUACUAUGGAGUGAAGGAAAAACAAAAGCAGAAGGAUAAACAAGUCUGGAUGUUCUAAUGUAGCCAUCUGUUGCUAGCGUUAGCCUCAAGGGCUAGAAUGUUUAGCAUUGCUGGACAGUUGUGUCCUCUGCUCCAGGUGGUAGAAUGAUAAACUUAAACAUCUAGAUUUGAACUCAAACAUGUCUGAUGUUUAAUUGGGCGACCCCAAUGACAUUACUGCAGUAAAGAUCUGUAAAUCCUCCACAUUACUACCGUAAAUAAUCUCUCCCGACAUCAGUUCAGACUAAGAUCUUCGAUUCGACAUCUUCUCUGAGUAUUAGGUGAAAUUGGGAUAAAUUGGUCUGAAACUGAGUCCAGUCUAAAUGUGUAGUAGAUUGGUGUCAUACGUGGUAUUAGCAUGCAUGCUCUUGUAUCGCAGUUGCUAUGUUUCUCUCAUUUCUGAUGAUUUUGACUCUGGUGAUUUUCCUUUGGUGCUCUUGAAAACCUCUUUUGUUUCUGUGCAACCAAAUUACUCUAUAGAGGAAUAACUCAAGACAUAAGAGUGGUAUUCAUCUUCUCUCAAGUCUCUCGGAAAGAAAGCAGAUAAGCAUAUUUCCAUAAUGUUCUUCAAAGGUUUAAAACGAGCAGGAAGAAUCUAGACUUUAUUAGCAGAACACUUUGUUCCAUUAUUCCAGAGAAUACACACAUGGCUACAUUAGCUGGGAGAAAUUAUUUUCAUAAAUUACAAAAGCGUUUGCAUCUGUAAGUCAUUAACUCCUAUUAUGGAGACGUCAGUUUCAACUUAAGGGCCUCCUCGUCAUCUAGCGCAACAUGCUGAAGUGUUAGCAUCCCCACGUGGAUGUUUUCUCUGUCUGCUCCCAUCAUUUUCAGGGUAAAAUGACCAACAGGCCUGUCGUGACCCCCUAAGAAACCACUCUAUUCCUUCUGCGGGAUAGAAACCAGGCAAAUGGUUGAUUAACAUGAAGCUUGUGGCUUUACAAAAUGUGAGCAGAGGACACCAGCACCUCCUCAUAACAUGCCUAUUUCUACUUUUACUUUUGCCAAUGAAUGACUGACUGAUAGAAUGAUUGUAAACCAAUACUGAGUUCUAGGGGAUGUUCUUUUUUUUUUUUUUUUUUUUUUUUUUUGCUCCAGAUAUCUUGUUGAAACAACUGAAUGAAUGAGAAAGUGACUGUGUGUGAGAGAGAAAGUGAGAGCGAGAUAAAGUUGGUUUUGAGAGGAAAAAUGUCCAUCUGACGUUUUAAAAACAGGUAAAUGUUCUGUUAAGUUCUUUUAUGUUUCAAAUAAAGGAGCAACACCAAGAGAA